AUGUCAAACACAUCCCUUGAUCUCCAGCUGAGGCCUGAAGCCGACGAAACAGGCAAAAUAGUCAGCCUUGCAUUUACUAUCACCAUCCACGGCCUGUCACUUCAGCCUGGGGACAUCCUAUGCAACUUCGGUCAAGAAGGCGUGACCAGAGAGCACCCGUCUUGGUAUCCAUACUACAGACCACACGAUAUCACAACACUGUUCUCAGACGAUGACGGUCCUCUGGACAUUCAUGCAUCCGACGAAGGCAACGAUGAAUGUAUUGCUGAGAGACAGACCAAAGGCGGUGUUGUCUCUGCGUGGAAAGUCCCCGUCGUCGAAGGGAGCGACAUCCCCAAAGAAGGCCCAGGCUCUGUCAGUGAGCUUCUUCUUGAUCAAGGUGGCAUCAUAGGGGUGGGGAAGUACUUCAUCCCACGGUUCAGCCUUGGUAACGAAGUCCUCAUUGCAAUCGAGUGGGACCUAUGCCACUGCCCUCAGGGAACCAGAGCCGUGACCAGCUUCGGGGAAGGUCCACAACGAGUCGAGUUCACGGGUAAUUCCGGCAGUCUUCUCGAUUGUGUCUUUAUGGCUGGGCCCGUAAAAAGCAAUACUAUUGGUUCACAAUCACCGACUUCGCAAAAUAAGGAUACGUGCGGCACGUAUUGGUUCGGCGAGCUGCCCGCGAACCUAGACGCUGUCACGAGUUACGCCGCCAACAUCUUUCCGCCCGUGGCCGAGCACUUCAACGACCCAUCCGGCUCAUACCGUGCUUUCCUCCGGCGCAUCCCAAAGGGGUUUCAUGGCACAGCCUUCCAAUCAAGCAGCGUCAUCGAAUACGACCCGUCGGUCAAGGACGAGGACGACUGGGACCUGGUCAGGCUGCUCAACCGCACCAUGGUGUCCACCUGGGCCCGUCUCGACCCCGAGGACGACGGGACCGCAAACGAGUGGUUCACCGACGGCCUGUCGCUACUGUACACAGUAUUCCUCCCCUUCCGCUUUGGCCAGCGCGGGCCGGACUACUUUCGCGCGACGGUCAAUGCUUUCUUUUCGGCGUACUACACCAACCCGCUCGUCAGCAGGGCGCCGACGGCUCCCCAGUCUGAAGAUCCGCGUGGCCUCAGUUGGUAUGCGUCCUCGGCCAAGGCAUACCGGGCUUUCGUUUACAUGCUUAAGAUGGAUGCAUUCAUGCGGCGGGCGGCCGUGGCAAGGGGCUCAGACGUGUUGAGGCCGAUGGAUGAGCUCAUGCGCGAGCUUUUGGGUCGACGACGAGGCGGGGAGAGGAUCAAGAAGGAGCACUGGCUGAGAGGUGUUGCACACUGGCUUGGGGAAGACGAGGCCGAGAGGCGCUUCCGUGAGAUGCUUGACGAGGGCGGGAAGGUCAACGAGCUGGACGACAUGUUAUCCAGCUUUGGGGCUAAAUUUGGACCACAACCAACUGAGCAGGAGGGUCUGGAUUUUGGAUUCGCCAGGGAGAGUCUGGAUACGGGGACUGUCGUGGGUGUGGAGGAGCAUUCAAGGGCUUGGGAAGCAGGUCUGAGGGAUGGGGACAAGAUAUUAUGGUAUUCGAGACCCGAUGCUUGCGAGAUCCAUUUUGAGAAGAAGCUGAGGCUGAGUGCUGAGAGACAAGGCAAGAAGCUGGAUCUCGAGUAUUGGCCAAGAUCGAGGGAGAAGGUAAGAUGUUGGCAGGUCCUAGAGGGGAAGUACGAGCCGAAGCAAAACUGA